AUGCUUUUUUUUACUCUUAUCGUCCGCCAGCGAGAUGCGCUGGCACUGGCGGCGGAUACGGAUACGUCUAGUGCAGAACUGGAGCAAUGCAAGGUGGCGGCAAAAACACUUCUCCGAAAGUUGGCUGCGGAGUACACUAAUCCAUCAUUGUGCGUUCCGCCACUCCUUACUAUUGUGUGGAAGAAUUAUGUGUUCCACAUUCUUUCCGAAUCGGCUGUGUCAUUUCUUACAAUGUGUGACACAGCUAUGCCAGCCGGUAUUGCUGUGGCUUUUUUAGAGGAUGUGGCUCGGGAGUUCCUGCAGCAGUAUGGAUCUCAGGUGGAGGCGGUGACGCGACCGUACUGUUUUAUCAAAUUUGAUUUAUACCUCCAGCGCACAAAGAAAGUAUUUGCAACCGCGAACUCCUCCCGUAGCAUGAACGUGUCGCGUGUUGGAAGAACAGCACCUGUACGACGCACCUUUGAAGAUGUCAUGGCGGGCAUUGAUUCAAAAACAGGCUCCUCCAUGUCUUCCAGGGGAGGAGGGGUGCGUGAUACUGAAAAGACGUGGCGAUUUCUCAUUAUUUGUUUUAUCGCUGCUGUAACUUUACUUGUGUUUUGUGGCAUAUUUUACUAUGCCGCUUUGGCAUAG